AUAUCCAAACAUAAGUAUCAAAUUGUACAAAACAUAACUGCUUGAUUAGACCAGAGUCCGGCUCUUCGUCGGGAAAGGCACUUGCCUUGACCCAGGGGCUCUUGGCCCGUGGCGAGUAGCUAGAUCUACAUUAUAGAACGAUAGGAAGAAUGUCAGACGGUCGCCUCGACGCGACGCUGGACCAGCUUAUUGAGUCUCAAAGCUAUGGAAAGGCGCCGCGUACUGGAGGGCCCAUCGGCUUGUCCGGGCAACGAGUGCAGCCAUACGGCGGGCGUGGCGGAGCGGGCGGAGGCGGAGGAGGCGCGCCGCGGGGCGCACCCCGCGGACCGCCGCAGGGCGGCGCACGAAUCAGCGAGACGCUAGACGACACUGCCACGCCUCAGAAUGCCAUUAAAGUGGGCGGGAACCAGGACGCCAAGGACAUUGCACACCGCAUCUGCGAGUCGUGCCGCGUGGGGGACCCGCCCGCGCUGCUGACCAUCGGCGGGCAGUCCAUCAACCAGGCCGUGAAGGCCAUCGCCAUCGCGCGGGCAGACCUGUGCAAGGAGGGCCUGCAGCUGAGCUUCCAGCCAGCCUUCCGCCACACGGACCGCACCAAGCCGCUCAUCGCCUUCUACGUUGCCAAGGAGCGCGCGCCGCGGCAGCAGAUCACGCAGGGCGACGACGUGACGCUGACGGUCGCGUCCGGGUCAAAGAUUGUGCCCGUCGCGGGCGCCAUCGCGGGCAAAAUUCGUGAGAACCUCAAAAUCUCACUGCUGGCCAUCGGCGUGGACGCCGUCACGAACGCGGUGCUUGCGGUGGGCAACGCGCGCCUGUUCCUUGAGCAGGACAACUACGACAUCCGGGUAGAACCCGAGUUUGAGAAGGUGGAGAAGAACGGGCAGGUCAUGACGAGCAUGAAGCUGUCGCUCGUGGCGGAGGCGUUGUAGUGACCCUCACCGAGUGGCUGCUGGGCGGGCCUGGUCCGCCUUGGCUUGGCUUGGCUCGGUCGGCUGUGGCCGCCGAGUCCCAGCCGCUGUGGCUGGGGUGGCUGGCGUGCUGGGCCGAUGUGACUAGCUGCGGUGGCGACGGGCGCUGGUGUAGCGGUGCUGCCGCAGCGGUGGACACAGCUGAGCCCAGCGGCCUUGGUGCUGGGUUCGAUGCGUGCGCGUGUAUGUGUGUGUGUGUGCCUGGUUUUGGCAAGGUGUACUACAAAGGAGAUAACUAUGGAUUUGUUGGUGCUGUGCGUGUGGGCGUGAGCUGUAUCUGGCUUUUUGCGCCUUUUCGCAUUCUUUCUUCGCAUAACUCCGCCUAUUCUCCUGCAUGUGCUGACGAGGGGGCUGUGGGCAGCGCCCAGAGGGCGCCCCGUGCUCAGACACGUACAUGGCUUCGCGCGCACAAUGCUAGGGAAGGCAUUUGCAUGGACUCCGGUCAACACUACUCAGAGGGGGUCAUACUAGAUCAGGUGCACGAGGGGAAGACGUGCGUGAUAGAUGCAGCGUGUGGAGCGGCAGAUUUACAGUCUGCUCCCUUUGGCCGGGGUAGGAUACAUAGGGGGCCACACGGUGCACAAUGACUUGCUUCUCUCUCGCUACAUGCUAUCGAGGUGACGCUCUUGCGGUCACAACUGACUGUGACUUGUGUGGUGAAGGUGAGGCGGCUUUGCAUACAGUUGGGGUGUGCUUGCACGUGUAGGGCCUUCACAACACUGACGAGUGACCCGGACUUGACUUUAAUCCAGAUUACCAGACUAGGCUAAUGACCGGCUUUCCAAUCCGGUCUGCAUGGGAAUCCACAAUCGUGGUCAAAUGGCCGGAGGCACGCAGCCGUGCUGCUGCUGGGGCUGCGGUCGGCGGCGAGGGGUGGGGAAAGCUCCAGUUUCCCGUCCCACCCCUCCAUGUAGUAUGUAAAAGAGACCCGCG